AUACAACACUGCAGUAUAAAACACACUAUUGAAUUUUGCUAUCCACGAGCAAUAUAAAUAAUUAAUAUUAAUUUAUUUAUUAUAUCAUGGCCGGAAAAAGACAGGCAACAUCUAACUUAAAUCAUGAAAAUUGGGACCAGGAAGAUGAGCCUGAAGAGCGCGGAACAUUUCGAAAAGCUUCAGAAGAUGAAUUAAAAAAUCGUGUUAUUAAGAAGGCGCGUAGGAAGGUUGUUACCGGCAACAGCGGUGAAGACGCUACCGAUGACGGAGCGCCAAAAAGCGUUUUUAGUGGUUUCGCAGGUUUUGGUAAGCCAUCGAAUGCUGCUCCAUCAGGAUCUCCCUUCUCAUUUUUGUCGAAAGCCUCUACGUCGCCUGCAGAUGUUUCUAAUGCAGCCACUACAAAACCAUCAUUUUCAUUUGGUACAAAUAUUAAAACAGCUCCAAUUAUUGAAAAGGAAGGCAAAACUUCUGCCGGAAAUGGUAAUGUGGUUAAAGAAAAUGCGAAGGAGAGCAAGGGUAAAUCUACUAGCUAUCAAUGCAAAAUAAAAAGCUUAAACGAGGCUGUAACAGAGUGGAUAAAAACCCACGUAGAGAAAAAUCCACUUUGUAUUCUUACACCGAUUUUCAAGGAUUAUGAUAAAUAUAUCAAAGAAAUAGAAGAUGAAGAACAAAAUGCGGAGCAACUGAAAGCAAGUAACGACAGCGCAAGUGUUAAAAAUACUUCAUCAGAUGCACCUACAGAUACACCAACACUUGGGAAUUUUAAAUUUUCCGCAUUUUCUAAACCUACUACAAGCACACUUUCGACCAGUAGCACGAGUGCUUUGUUUUCUUUUAGUUCAACACCGGCCUCAUCCGCAGCUGCUCCAAGUGCUUCGAGCGUAUCUAAGCCAGCAGAAACAACCAAACCGAGCACAUUUAGCUUUGGCAUAAAACAUACGGAAAACAAAAAUAAUGUAACAGACAGUCAAACUUCGUCUCCGUCUAAGGGAUUUAGUUUUGGUCUUAAAACAGAUAACAAGCCAUCAACUUCAAUGCCAUUUACAUUCGGCAAACCGGCAACCAAUGGUGAUUCGAGCGAAAAGAAAUCGCCCUCAUUUAGUUUUACUCCUAGUUCUACCCCAUUCAGUUUCGGUAAUAUAAAACCACCUGCUGAUCCAACUCCUUCAACUUCCACUGAUGCUAAUUUGGCUGAUGAUGAAGAAGAUCAACCACCAAAAGUUGAAUUUAAACAGGUUGUGGAAGAAGAUGCGGUGUACUCCAAGAAAUGUAAAGUUUUUGUUAAAAAAGAUGGAGCGUUUACCGAUCAUGGUGUGGGUACAUUAUACUUGAAACCAGUAAAAGACUCUGAAAAGACACAACUACUUGUACGCGCUGAUACAAACCUCGGAAACAUUCUUGUGAACUUAAUUUUAAGCGCCGGCAUCCCUACUCAGCGAAUGGGUAAAAACAACGUGAUGAUGGUAUGUUUUCCUACGCCRGAUGUAGAAAAGGCAACAUCGAUGCUGUUACGCGUUAAAACUGCAGAAGAGGCUGACGAGCUAUUGGCAGAACUAGAAAAGCACAAGAAAUGAAGAGUUUCAAUUAUUUUGCUUUUAAAUUGUUAUACACUUUGGUUGUACUUUUAAUGCGUAUGGAAAAUUUUAAGAAUUCUACCAAUAAAACUAAAAUUUGAA